UCUGGUUCAGGGAGUUUUCGUUGUCUUUGCCGGGAAAACCGAAAGGGUAGGCUGUUGCGAGCGAGGCUCGGCGAAGGACCAGCGGAACGCAGGGCAUGUUGGCACGGCUUCGUAAACUUGUGGGUUCCGGCCGCUUCCUAGGAGGCCUGGUAUGCGGGACGGCACUGGGCGCUGCGUGCUGUUACGCCGUGACGCGGCCAAGCCCGAAGCAGCAGCCCGUAGAUGAUGAGAGCGUACUGGAGAAGUAUGGGCUGCCAAUGACAGGUGCAGAAAUCCGAUAUUAUACCAACCAUGUGUUAUCGUAUGACCAGGCCAAGAGGACACCAAAAUGGGUCAUUGAACACCUCAACAAUGAGAAGCUGUUGGGCAGUGCAAAUCGGAAGGACUGCAAAUUCAGACCCGAUCCUAGCAUUCCUGCUCUCUUCACAGCCAGAAAUGAGGACUACAUCAGGAGUGGCUGGUCUCGUGGACACAUGGCCCCAGCAGGUGACUACAAAUAUUCACUGCAGUCAAUGACAGAAACAUUUUACCUCUCCAACAUUGUGCCACAGAACUACGAAAAUAAUGCUGGCUUUUGGAACAGACUAGAAAUGUAUUGCCGGGAGUUGACUCAGCGCUUUGAUGAUGUAUGGAUUGUUUCUGGACCUUUGAUGUUACCCAAAGAAGGAACUGAUGGAAGCAAGUCUGUUUUCUACAAGGUGAUUGGAAAUGAUGAGGUUGCUGUCCCAACUCAUCUUUACAAAGUUGUGUUGGCCCAAAGAAGCAAUGGGCCCUCCAGGUCGCUGGCUUUAGGAGCCUUUGUUGUUCCCAAUGAACCAAUUGGCUUUGACCAUCAGCUUCCAGAAUUUCAGAUGAGCCUGGAGGACUUGGAGAAGAAAUCAGCCCUGCAGUGUACUGACGCCUAAUCCGAGGUUUGUUCUCAAAGCUGCCAGGAUAACCUGUGACGCACAUCACCCUGAAAGAGAGCAACUUAAGUGAAGAAGAAGCCCGACACAUCUUGAGUGUAGGACCACAUGCUUCUGCUGACCAGAUACUGGAUGCGUAUCGAGACGCAUUCAAGAGGAGAAUUCCAAAAGCGAAGGAUGCAUUUACUCUCCUUUACCGUGUUACCGUGGAGAGGCAGGUGUGGACACACUUUAUCGAAGGAGACAGUAAGAAGUUUAAAGGUUUUUGUUUAGCAUUCAUGAUUGGGAGGCUAUUCAAUGAAUUGUCAUUUGUUAAGGGGAAAUUAUACACAAAAGUUACAAAGUACCAUAUGUAUUAUUGUGGAAUCGUGACACAAUCCAAUCCCAGCAUCACAUCCACACGCCACCUGUCCACAUUGUAUUUCCCGCUGACUACGCCAAAUGUAUUGUUGAGGAGUCAAACCACAAUCCAUCCCAGGUUGUGCAAUUUUUUCACACUGGGAACUACCAGUGGUCAACUGCGAACCAGCAACAUCUGGAUUACAAAGGUCCCUCAGAAGCAGUGUUCCUAAUGCGUAAGCUAAAGGAGAACUCUGCUGGAUGUUCACACAUGGACUGACUGCGCUGACCUCUUCAUUGUGAUGUCAACCAAGCUCUCUCUGUCACAAUCCCGCCAUACUGUACAGCACUCCCUCAACACCAUGGAUGAAUAUAAAAAUGGUAGUACUUUGAGAAAAUUGUAUAUGAAUAGGGACUGGAAUCCUAUGUUAGGCUGAAUGGCCUUCAAAGUUGUUCUUACAUUUAUUGAAGCAAAUGUUUCCAUUGUAUUGUAAAGACAGAGAUUUGUCUGUAUUGGUUUCUUUUUUAGUUUCUUAAUAUAUCAGAAUAACACAAAUGCCAGAUUUAUUAAUGUCUUCAUGCUGGCCAGUGGUGAUUGGUGUGUGUGUCUCCUAUGAUUGGUACUGUCCAGACAAAGGGGGGUUUCUGCCCAGUACUACCAGGACAGAACUCUGCCCUGAUGUGAUUCCAAAUUGGAAAAGGCCAGUUCAGUGGAUGGAGAUAUUUCUGGAUGGACAUUACACUGAUAUUGAAUAUGAAGGUCUAGACUUGAAUACACAGAUAUUUUUUAAUUGGAUUUAUUACCUCUGGAGCUCACAGUAAUGUCAUAAACAUGCUGUUACUGUAUGUUGUUAUCUGUUGUCUUUCUGCCAUGUAUGCAAUGGGGAAGCAUUUGGUCUCUGUCAUCAACAAAAGCCAGAACAUAAAAUGGGAGAAGUUGCAUUUUUAUUAAGGGAUUUAACAUCAGAAAUUGAAAAUAACCAGUAUACCCAAUACAUUUCUCUGAUGGUAGAAAUCUGAUAAACAAAAUCAUAAUCUGUUUGGAUUUGUGUUUGUCUGUUAGUAAUUUAUCUGCUUUGCUGUUGGUUUUGAUUUAAAAUUUAAGAUACAUGUCAUAUCAUGGAACAGGGGUUAUAAUGGGAGGAGGGCAGCCUGAAAUAUAGCGCCGACACAGGGAGUGCAGUUCUCAUCAGGCAGUAGGACUACGCUGGACCUGAUGGAGGAUGUUGUCUUACAUAGCGCAUACACAGUUUUCUACUCUGUUAGUCUUAGUAAUAGUUUUGUUGUCUUGCUGGAUUACUCCUUUUGUCUCAUCAUGGUUUAUGUUUAACAAUGUCGAAUUGUCUAAUUGUUAAUAAAAGGAAUGUGAAAAUGACUCGACUGA